UCCGGCCGCCCGCCCAGGGCAGCCACCACCACCACCACCACCAUCUCCAUAACCACGACCGCUACCACCGCUCCCACCACAAAGUGCCAUCCCGCGUCUCCGAUGCAUCCCUGGCCUCCGUACAGUCACGCUCUUCAGCUGCACCGUCCACCUAAUAUUCGGGUGCAUAUGCUUGAUGCAAGACACCAACACGACUCCACCCAUUCUCAUGCACUCCACUGGUUCUGCGAGCGCCCAUCGAUGGCGAAGAGCAGAGCCGCAUCUCGUCCACUGGCUAUAUAAAGCCCGGCCAAUCGAGGCUUGACACAAAUUAACUCGCUGCCAGCACAACAGUUCCAAGUACAUACACCUCACCACAUGCUUGCCUGAGACAUCAUGUCCGACGGCAACGGCGCACCCUACUACUACGUUGCACAGGAUGACCAGGACACUAUGCAACAGGCCAACAACAGUGGCCUCACGCAUCGAACCCCCAAACUUCGCAAUAUGGCUAUCCCAACAAUUAUCAACAGCCCUCCUACUCAACCUCAGCUUCGGCUUAUCACACUCAACAGCAACAACAGCCAGGAUAUGCGGCCCAGCCAUCUUAUUCAACCCAAGCAACGAAUCCAGCAUACGGCAACACCUACUCAUCCUAUAGCAACAGUGGCCAGCACCAGCCUGCUCAGAGCAAUUACUCUUAUUAUUCGCAAGAUGCUUCCCAGUCUCAACAAAGCGCUUAUCAGCAGGGUGCUUACACUUAUCACAACCGCGCUGAUUCGGGUAAUGCUGGCUCCUAUUACCAGCCUAUGCACCAACAAAGCGCCACCUCAACUGGAAAUGAAGCACGGAUGCCAGAACCGCGUGAGUAUACAUACACCUCGAGCGCAAUCAACAACUGAAAUUGACAUCACGUGUACAGUCGAUCCGACCGUGAGAGCUCAGCUUCCUGAUCUCAUCGAGGGUACGCCUGACCGGGGCUGGUACGAAACCCUCGAUUCUAGUUAUCGCAUGCGAACAGGCCAGGAAGCUCGUCAAUUCUUCAAAAAAGGAAGAGUGUUUGCCAUGCUAUAUUCUGAGGCUAUGUCGGAGACCCUGGCCCGACGCGGAAACGAGAACGACGCUGUUACAGUUGUCAGGUUUGGACAGUACGUAUACUCGCAAAUUCGGCGUUUUGUCGUCGUCUCUGUCAGACACGGGUUUGUCAACGCCUGUGCCAUUUCUACAUAUUCCCAAAGAGGUGUUCUCAAGCCAGGAUGUGAUCCUUCGGAGCAUACCAUCGUCUACACCCAGGGAACUAGCCCCACGUAUAUAUCGGGCGAACACGAAGCUGGUAUGACCAAGGAACCCAUCGAAAUCAUUCCAGCCGACAGCAGCGUAGUCAUCAGCCCUUAUUCUCGACUCAGGCUAGGCAAGACUUACCCGAUAGAGUGGAAUGUCAAAGUCAAGGACAUUGGUCAGGUUCACCCUGAGCACCUCAGCAAAUUGCUCAUGUACUGGCGUAGCGAAAAAGACGACGACUCCGACUAA